AUGGCCCGAAUAGACCAUGCCGCACCCUAUUUUAUGCCACUAUUCUGUUCAAAUCGAUCCUCCAUCGUUGCUAUAUUGGUAUGUAUAAUUGUUAGUAUAUUUGUUCUAAUAUAUGCAAUAUCAUAUCUAUUACCCACAGAAUAUGAUGAUCCGAAUAUGUUUACGCCAAAUGCUCAAGAUUAUUUCAGAACAUCUUUAUUAGGAUUUCUAUCACCCUUUUUAUUUUAUUUCUUGAAGACAUUCAUAUUCAAUAUCAAUCCAAAAUUUCUUCUAAUCAACUUAUUUUUUGAUUUCCCAUUGAAUGAUUCAUUUUUAUUAUGCAUUUUAAUUGGUUUAGCGUAUCCUCAACUCCAGGACCAAAUUCAUCGUCCACAAACAGAUAAUGUUAUAGAUCCUAUAGAACCAGCACCACCGCUAUGGCAUAUCAUACCUAGACAAUCGUAUAUUUUCGGUCUAAAUUGGGCUUUAGCAGAACUGAUACUGUCAAUUUUAGACAACAUGCCAUAUUAUAAAGAAAUUAAGUUAAACUCGACACUUGGCAAUUCAUUAGAUCCAAACAUUAUACCCGAUAAUGAUUAUAUAAAUACACCCGAAAGCGAAGAAAGCUUAUUGAAUAGGAAUAAUAUUACAUUAUCCAGAUGUGUUGGAUUAAGAAGAAUCUCAUCUACAAUCUCAUCAAAUGUUUAUUCUUCUGAUCUGGAUGUAUUACCAAAUAGAAACAGUAAUAUUAAUUAUGGAACCAUUGGAUCAGAGAGAAUGCAUUCGAAUAAACACAAAUCUACCGCUAGGGAUAGAAAUGGUGACAGAUCUCGUAGUACCUCUAUCUCAGAGAAUAUAGCGUCUGUACAGGUUGAACCAGAUUCUGAUUCAGUUCUGAUAAUUGAUCCCAAGGAUAAUUCAAUAAGAUUAACUUCAUUAGAUUUGGAACAUGAAAUGUUUAAUAACAAUAACUUCAAACCUAAAUUUAAUAGAAAGAAUGGCUUUGUUUGGGUUACUUUCAAUGAUGAAACCAAGAGUAUUAAGAAAACAACAACGGCAUCUCAUGAUUUAGAAAACAACAAUAGUAGUUCUGAUACCAUUAACAGAUCUCUCAUUGAGAGACAAAAUCGUAUUAGAUACUAUUGUGAGAUCCAAAAUAACAGAUACCUAAUUGUUCGAUAUUUUAGAGCAUAUCUAAUUUUUAUGGGUAAUAUACUACUUACCAUCGGAGAAAGUUUUAUUCUUUCGAUCUACUUCAUAUAUAUUCGAGGGCAUGAAAAUUUAUUUACCGAUGUAGUAAAUUAUUUUGGAUCUCAUAGUUUGCUAAACUUCUUUUUAUGUGUAAUUAUCCCUUUCUUAGCGAUAGAUUACAUUGUUAAUAUUCUGAUAUUAUUCUGGAACGAUAUGGAAAACGUUUAUGGAACAAACAGUGCUCAUGGAAGAAACGAUAAUGCGGGACAUACGAACAGACAAAAUAAUGCAUUAUAUCAAACAGAACAUUUUUAUUUUGAUUUAUAUUCAAGAGCACUUGAUUCAGAAAAUGUUCCUCGUCCUCAAAAUGCAUUAAUGGCAGAUUACUUUACACCCGAAAGUCAGAUCAAUUCCCAACCAAACUACUUAAAUGACCCAUCAUUACUGGGUCUAAGUACUAUCUCCUUACCUGAAUCGAACAAAAAUAAUAAGAGACGACUACUGAGAAAAUUAAUGCACCUAUGGCAAAGGGUUGGUGUCAAGAGUGCAUAUAUCGUCGGAGCACAAUUUCUGUGGGGGUUGACAGUAUUUGUAGUAGGCAUAUAUACAGCAGCAGAUAUAUAA